CGAAAAGUGAUUUGCCAACCGUCUAUUAAAAGAGAAAGCGUUUGCGUUCCGUUUCACCUGCCCGGAUCGAACGUGUUUGUUAACGCUGUCGUUUAACGAUUAUGCUUACUGGGUUCCUCGGCAGCGUUAGAAAUGUCUGAGAUUGUGGCAGACAACUCUCUAAUUGGCAACAUCCAGGAAGAUGUUGCUCCGGGAUCCCCGUGCGGCGAAGGCUACCUGUUUGUGGAAGCCCGGCACCCCAACACGGUCCUGCAGGGUCUCAACGCCCUGCGGCUCAAAAACUCUUUCUGCGAUGUCACGCUGUGCUGCGGGGGACAGGAGUUCCCCUGUCACCGCAUCGUGCUGGCCUCCUUCAGCUCUUACUUUGAGACAAUGUUUAGCACUGCCCUGAAGGAGUCCAAACAGGAGCGGGUGGCAAUCAAUGGAGUAGAGCCGCAGAUGGUUGGCAUGCUGGUGAGCUAUGCCUAUACGUCUGAGGUCUACAUUUCCAAAGCAAAUGUCCAGGCGCUGUUGGCAGCAGCCAACAUGCUGGACGUGAUGGCCGUGAGAGAGGCCUGCUGCAGCUUCAUGGAGCAUCAGAUGGACGAGAUAAACUGCGUGGGGAUCCACUGCUUUGCCGAGGCCCACUCCUGUAAACUGCUGGAGAAACGAAGCAUGGACUACAUUCUCAGUCACUUUAGCGGCGUUUGCCAACAGGAGGAGUUCUUGACCUUGUGUGUGGACAAACUAACUGAAAUCCUCGGCAGCGACCACCUCAACGUGUCCAGAGAGGAAUUGGUGUUCGAGGCCACCAUGCUGUGGCUAAAUAAAUGUCAGACUCGCAAGCAGAGCUUUGACAAGGUGUUGGAGCACGUCCGCCUGCCCCUCAUAAGUCCCUACUAUCUGCAUGAUGUGAUUGAAUCUCUGGAAGUGGUGAAGGAGAACCGCAGAUGCCAGAGGCUCAUCUCAGAGGCCAAAGACUACCUGCUGCUGAAGGACCGCCGAAGGGAGCUCUUCUGCUCCCGGGUACGGCCGCGCCGAUCCACAGGGACAUCGGAAGUAAUCAUAACAGUUGGCGGCGAGGAUGACAAAGUGGUGCUGCGCAGCGUGGAGAGCUUCGAUCCCCUGACGAAUAAGUGGAGGGACCACGCCUGCCUGCCCUUCGCUGUGAGCAAGCACGGGCUGGUGGUGUCAGACUCCGCCCUUUAUUUAGCCGGAGGGGAGUUUCCAGACGGCUCGGCCAGCAGGGAGAUGUGGCGCUACGACUCGUGCUCCGACACCUGGAUGGAAAUGGCUCCCAUGAACACGUCUCGCUCAGAACUCGGUGAGUCUGUUUCAUUUCACGUCGCAGUGCUCUCCAUUCACUCGCCGCAGCAAGACGUGCAACUUCUGUGUCAUCGUAUUAAAACCCCCCACAAUAAAAAAGAGCCAUUGGACUACAUGAGCAUUUUUCUCUCGCUCUCACUGUCCUUGCUGGCAGGCCUUGUGAUGCUGGAUGGUUUUGUGUAUGCUGUGGGCGGCUGGGAAGGUCACUUUCGUCUGGCCUCCGUGGAGUGCUACAACCCUCACACCAAUUGCUGGCAGUUUGUGGGCUGCGUCAAGAUGGCAGUCACAAGUCCUGCUGUCGUGGCGCUGGACGGUCUUCUCUAUGUUACAGGCGGAGCCGUUUUGGAAGACGGCGACGGCUCAGAUCUCACACAAGUGUACAACCCGAAAACUGCUAUGUGGACGGAGGUUUCUCGGAUGCAGAUUAGUCGUUCGGGUUCUGCGGCUUGUACGCUGAAUGGAAAGAUUUACGUCAUAGGUGGGUGGCACGCCUCCAAGGAAAACACAGACAAGGUAGAGUGCUACGACCCCAAGACUGACCAGUGGACCAUGUGCGCUCCCAUGAAAGAACGACGCUACCGGCCCGGUGUCGCUGUGGUGGAUGGAAAGAUCUUCGUCCUGGGAGGGGAGGAAGGAUGGGACCGAUAUCACGACACUAUCGAGAGAUACUGCGACAAGACGGACACAUGGGAGAUUGUCGGCGAGAUGCCCACCAGUCGAAGCUGGCUCAGCUGCGUGUCGCUUCUGCUGAGGAAAGACUGUGUGUCGCACUACUUCCCCGCUUUGCCAAACAGCUAAGUGACGAUGCCCGUGAGUCGCAUUUCGCUACAGGGGACACGCCACGAUGGUCCUUGUAGCUGUGUUUUUGGAUUAUUUAUUUGAACUACGUCAAACUGUGAGAAGGACAUGCUGACAAUUGUUCUAUCAGCAAUAUGCUGUAUGGGCAAACAAAUCCAACUGUGAAUAUUUUUAAGAUAUUAUUUUCAGGUACUCUGACAAAUGUAAGGUGUGCUUUCUAUUGCAAAUGUUUUUGUUUUUUUUCAGGAUUAUAUUAACUUCAUGUUGACUAUUUUUGUAAUUGUCAGUAAAUAGAAUCAAAAGUGACUAAUAAAAUGUUAUUUUAAGACA